GAUAAGCUCCUGAAUGGAGGUGGUGUCACGGUGAUGCGGCCGCCGGCCCACCCUCGCUGCGAGAAAGGAGCCGAGCGCGGGCAGAGGCCAGCGCGAGGGCGAGAGACGGAGCGCGGCCAGCUCCGAGUCCCGGGGAGGGGCAGGCCCUGCGCCCAGGUCCCCCGCCUGAGCCCCGCCACCUCAGACCGGGCUUGGGCCUGGCCCCGCUCCCUGCGCCGAGUCCCUCCCACCCCCGCUCGCGCCCCGCCUGGACUUGGCCCCAGACGCCGCGCCGGAGCCGGGCCGGCGACGCGUCCCAGGGACCCAGCUGGGGCCUGGCCUGGGAGCCAGGAUGGCCAUCCAGAACGCGGCGCUGAUAUGCCUGGGACUGCGUCUCUUCCUACUCCCGGGGGCCCAGGCCCAGAGCCGCGCCCCACCUGGCUGCAGCCCGGACCUCAGCCCCCUCUAUUACAACCUGUGUGACCGCUCUGGGGCUUGGGGCAUCGUCCUGGAGGCGGUGGCGGGGGCGGGCGUCGUCACCACUUUCGUCCUCUCCAUCAUCCUCGUGGCCAGCCUCCCGUUCGUGCAGGACACCAAGAAGCGGAGCCUGCUGGGGACCCAGGUGUUCUUCCUGCUGGGGACCCUGGGCCUCUUCUGCCUCAUCUUUGCCUGCGUGGUGAAGCCGGACUUCUCCACCUGUGCCUCGCGGCGCUUCCUCUUCGGGGUCCUGUUUGCCGUCUGCUUCUCCUGCCUGGUGGCCCACGUGGCAGCCCUCAACUUCCUGGUCCGCAAGAACCGCGGGCCCCGGGGCUGGGUGGUCUUCGUCGUGGCCCUGCUGCUGAGCCUCGUGGAGGUGAUCAUCAACACGGAGUGGCUGAUCAUCACGCUGGUGCGGGCGGGGGGCCCCCCGGCCAACGGCAGUGCCGGCUGGGCCGCCGCCUCCCCCUGCGCCAUCGCCAACGUGGACUUUGUCAUGGCGCUGAUCUACGUCAUGCUGCUGCUGCUGUGCGCCUUCGCGGGGGCCUGGCCCGCCCUGUGCGGCCGCUUCCAGCGCUGGCGGAAGCACGGGGUCUUCGUGCUGCUGACCACGGCCACCUCCAUCGCCAUCUGGGUGGCCUGGAUUGUCAUGUACACCUACGGCAACCAGCAGCGCGACAGUCCCACGUGGGACGACCCCACGCUGGCCAUCACCCUCGCCGCCAACGCCUGGGCCUUUGUGCUCUUCUAUGUCAUCCCUGAGGUCUCCCAGGUGACCAAGGCCAGCCCGGAGCAGAGCUACCAGGGGGACCUGUACCCCACCCGGGGCGUGGGCUACGAGACCAUCCUGAAAGAGCAGAAGGGCCAGAGCAUGUUUGUGGAAAACAAGGCCUUUUCCAUGGACGAGCCAGCCUCAGCUAAGAGACCAGUGUCACCGUACAGCGGGUACAACGGGCAGCUGCUGACCGGAGUGUACCAGCCCACGGAGAUGACCUUGAUGCACAAAGCCCCGUCUGAAGGAGCCUACGACGUCAUCCUCCCGCGGGCCACUGCUAACAGCCAGGUGAUGGGCAGCGCCAACUCCACCCUGCGGGCCGAAGACAUCUACGCAGCCCAGAGCCACCAGGAUGCCACCCUGCCCAAGGAGGGCAAGAACUCUCAGGUCUUUAGAAACCCCUACGUGUGGGACUGAGGCUGCACCAGGAGGAGGCGGGCAGAUCUGGGGACCUGGCCCGGGCGAGGGUCUUCCUGGGAGCCCUGCUCUCCCCUCCCCCUCCCCCUCGCUGGCCCAGGCCGGGUCAUGGGCCUCAGCCGGGAGGCCCUCACCCACUUCUCAGUGUUCGUGGAGUCCAGGAGCCAACUCCGGCUUCGUGUCAGGGUCACUUGGCUUCGUGUCAAGGUCACCUGCGG